AUGUUGCUUUGGAAGGAAGUGGCCACUGAUGGACUCUUCUUCCAGGUGUUUGUCAACAUGCACUCCCGGAUGUAGGUGCCCAUGGUGAGCAUAUUGGUGUUUGGGGUCCUCAUAGCUUUCACGGUGCUGCUGCUAGACCUUGAAACAGUGGUCCAAUUCCUGUUCAUUGGCACACUGCUGGCCUACUGUUUUGUGGCCACCACUGUAACCGUGCUAUGCUUCCAGGAGUUCCCUCCUUUUAGCUCCCCAGCCCCAGCCAGCUCUGGCCUCGUGGCCAAGGAAUACAACUCCUUCCAAAAUUGCUGCCGGCUGGUGGGCACUGAGCAGGCCUCAGCCCCUGAGCUAGAGCUAUGGCCAACGCUAACACGCUACCUGGGCUUCUUGGGGUGCAGCCUUGGAGCCCCUGUGGCUUGGGCACUAGGUGUCAUGGUGCCUUCGGCCAUCAGCCUGGACUGUGUGCUGGUCUUUGGGGACUCAGCUGUGCACCUCCCACGCUGGGGCUACAUCCUGCUGCUCCUACUCAGCACUACAUUGCUCGUGCUUAGUCUCUUCAUCCUGGGGGCCCACCAGCAACCGCAUCAACAGGUCACCUUCCAGACCUUCCUGGUGCCUUUGACUGCAGCCCUGAUCAUCCUCCUCAACACCUGCCUCAGGCUGAAGCUGAUCUACCUGACCUGGUUGUGCUUGUCCAUCUGGUUGCUGCUGGCUCUGGUAUCAGGCACAGCAUGGAGAACUAGCAGCAGCUGUAGCAGCUAG